AGGGGUCUGCUUUGUCACAAGUUAUUUUAGGGGGAUAGUUUCAUUGGAGCGUCACCGCUGGACUGUGAUGAUGGCGAGAUGGAGGGUAUUUAAGCUGUCCGGGGAGCGAUCACUGCCACGCUAGGACCGAAGCACACAGGCUUGGAUUCAAGUUUGUUAUUUUGUGUGUCUCUAAGAUGCCAAACUGGGGAGGAGGUGUCAAGUGUGGGGCCUGUGAGAAGACUGUGUACCAUGCAGAGGAGAUCCAGUGUAACGGGAGAAGCUUCCACAAGACCUGUUUCCUCUGCAUGACCUGCAGAAAAGGGUUGGACAGCACCACGGUUGCAGCGCACGAGUCUGAGAUUUACUGCAAGUCCUGCUAUGGCAAGAAAUAUGGGCCAAAAGGAUACGGAUACGGGCAAGGAGCCGGAGCUCUGAGCUCUGACCCUCCUAAACAUGGAUAUUCAAGCCUGCCAAAUGUGGACUCUAAAUCAAGACCAGCUCCUUCAGGCUCCAGUGACCACAGAGCUUCCCCGAAGUUAAGUGAACAUAAAUCUUCCCCCAAGUUUGGAUAUUCAGACCGCUGCCCUCGCUGCUCCAAAGCAGUCUACGCAGCAGAGAAGGUGAUGGGAGCAGGAAAGCCCUGGCAUAAAACCUGUUUCCGCUGCGUCCUGUGUGGUAAAAGUCUGGAGUCGACCACAGUGACAGACAACGACGGAGAGCUGUACUGUAAAGUUUGCUACGCCAAAAACUUCGGCCCGAAAGGAUUUGGACUGGGGAACGAGGCCAUGUUGGAGUAACAACAGUGAACACACCUUCAAACUCACAUUAACUGUGUCACAUGGUAGCUGUUUCAGUGGAGCCUUUACCUUUAUGUUGGAUGAUGUUUGUAAUAUAUGAAAGACGUAGACACCAUAUUGGGCAUCAGAAUCCUGGGCAGGUAAACUAACAGAAAGCUAGAUAUUAAAGUUACUAUUAGUCUGAAAAUUGUGAGUAGAAACUGAAAACACUUUGUUUCCUUAAAAUGUGUCCUGAAUGAAAUUUAUUUACAAAAAAAAUGACAGUUUUUAUAAAUAAAGGGAGGAAACAGAACAUUUAAAAACA